GUCUCGAAAGCUUGGUUGCUGGGGGCAAGGCAAGGGCAAGGCUAUUGAAAAAGUGCUAAAAAAAAAUUAUCAGGCGUUAGCUUAUGGUCUGGACCUGUGGGGGCUCCUUUGAUUGCGGGCUGCGGCAGCAGUAACCAUCGGGGGAGCGGCCGGCCAGCAGAACGAGUGACGGGUGGCCAUGGCCGCGGCCUCGGCCGCCGUCCGGGAGGGCCGCGCGCUGCGCCGACUGGGCACCCAGGAGACCAUGUGGCACGAACUCUUCACCCGGCGCGCCGGCACCAGUCUGCUGCAGUACUCGCUACUGUUGAGGUCGGAGCGGCCGCUGCAGGCCGACACCGUCCGCGACGCGCUCGCCGACCUCCAGAGGCAGCUGCCGCUGCUGCGGGCGCGGGUGGCGCCGGUGGAGGGCGUGCACCACCUGGUGGCGGGGCCGUGUCCGGACGUACCGCUGUCCGUGCUGCCUCCGGCGGACGACUGGCUGGCCGAACACCACCGCCAGCUGCGCGAACAGACCAUCGACCCGGCCGCCGGGCCGCUGUGGAAGGCCACGCUGCUGCCGGGCCGCGCCGAGCGGCCGCCGCACCGCGCCGCACUGUUCCUCUCGCUGUGCCACACCAUCACCGACGGUAUCAGUAACGGCCUGAUCUGCCGCCGGCUGGUGGCCGCCCUUGCGCAGGCGGCCGCCGGUCGGCCCCUGGGCGACACCCCGCCGGCGGCUGUAUCCCCGCCCGUCGAGCAGCUGCUGCGCUCCGAGCGGCUGCCGCUGCGCCCGGCCGUUCUCGGCGAGCUGGCGCGCGCGCUCUCAGUGGUGCUGAGCCGGCGCCGGCACCCGUUCCUGGAGCGGUUCGUGGCGCCGUUCGACCCCUCGGUGAGCUACUGUAACCGGACGGUGCCGGCGGCGCUGUCGGCGGAGGAGACGGCCGCGCUGCGCGCCCAGUGCCGCCGGCACGGCGUGUCCGUGAACUCGGCGCUGUCGGCGGCCGUCAGUGUGGCCACCGGCCGGCUGCUGGGCGGCCCGUGCCCGCCGCUACCCACCAUGUGGCUGGUUAGCGCCCACCGCUACCUGGCGCCGGACGAGGGCCGGCAGCUGUCUGCGGCCGCCGGCGCGCUCGGCACCGUCUCGCUGGACGGGGACGGACUGUGGACGGUGGCCGGCCGGGUGGGCGCCGCUCUGGAGCGCCAGCUGCAGCUGCGGCUGCCCCUGCUGCCCAUGAAGCUGCUCGGCCGCUUCAUGACCCCGGAGCGGAUAGUGGCCGGCAUGGAGAAGAGCGCCUCCGCCUCCAACGGCAGUAAGUUCGUGUACAACAUCAACAACCUGGGGGUGAUGGACGGCGCGGCGGCGGCCGGGGAGGACGGCGCGCCGGUCCGGCUGGAGGAGCUGCACCGCGCCUUCCGCGCCCACCCGGCCAUGGACGCGUCGUUCGGCAGCCACUGCUUCCACACCGUGUCCGGCCGGCUGUGCUACGACCUCAACUACCUGCGCGGCCGGGUGCGCGAGGAGGACGCGCUCCGUCUGGCCGGGAUGGUGCUGCAGCUGCUGCGGGAGGCGGCGGCCUCUGGACGGCGCGGCUGAGUAGUGAGUGCCUACCGGGCGGGCAGAGGGCGCCGUGAGCGCCAGACCUCCGCAGCUAGGGGCUGCAGCGAAUGGGAUCAGGAUAAUGCUAUUCAGGGGUCUCUGUUACCAAUGGGUAGGAGUGAGACUACGCAUGGGCUUCCAUCAAUCGCCGGAGAAGUGACUUAUUGAUUGUUGGUUAUUGUUUAACGUCUUCUAUAUUGACUUUUAGAGCACUUGUGGUAGAAUCACGUUGACCUAUACAUCUUGUUCGAUCGUGGAGCAAAUGAGUUGUGGUGAUUCGCUUACAUUAGUUGUGGUGAUUCGCCUACGUCACUAACAAUGAUGUCCCAUUGUGAUUUUACUGUUAGUGCUGACUAAUUGACAAAUUACCGCCGUUAUAUUUUGGGGAUGCUAACUAAUUAGGAGCGGUUCUCUUGUAGGCUCAAUAUAUCCUCGUGGUCCCAAUUAUGUAUGUGUAUUCUCGUACCGCGGUCCUGAAACGGAACGAUGAUGUCCCACGGACACGAUGUGGGCUGGUUUGUCCGCCGCUGUUUUUCUCCGCAGGGAGUGAAAAGUGCCAGGGAUAAUUGACCAUGAGAUCAUGGAUGUCUCAAAAUAGCAACCGCCCUAGUCUGGCUGCAAUACGCCGGCAUAUCCGGCGACGCUGAGGAUGGUCUUGUGCUAGAUUGUGCUUUAUCGCAUUUUGGAGUCUGGAGUAGAGCGUUUUCCAAACAUGUGUGCUGAUACUUGUUUCUGUAAUCAUAUGACGUUUGUUGUAAUAGUUGUUCGAUUUAUUGCGCUGGAGGCAAAGCUGAUGGAUAUAAUAGACUAGCCGCAACAUCCGUGUAAUUU